AUGCUUGAUUUCUGCCUUGGUCUCUUUUGUCCGGGCCCCGGAAGAAGACAAAAAAGAGAACGAUAUAUCAAUCCCGCUUCGCUCGCUUUAUCAAGACCUCGUCGUCGAUAUCCCCUUCCAACACCUGUCUAUCCUCUUCCUGCACCUACACUUCCUCCUCCGGAACAGAACUACGAACAACUUCGUCCCAUCAGUCCCAUAUACUAUCCAGAGCUGGAGUUGGAAUUUGAACCCGAGCCUGAGCUUUUUCACCCUCAGGUAUUUCAACGAGUUCCUUUUGACCCGGACUUGAGACGUAGAUUAGAGCCUGCAACUCAGCAAAUUCAUUUUGUGGAGCCAGAACCGGAAGCGUAUUUACCUCUUCCUCGUCCCAGAUCACCGCCAAGACAACACAUACAUUUUAUCCAACAGCUUCCACCACCAUACAUUCCUUCGCCUCCACCUCCUCCUACAUCUCACAAUAUUCACGUAUUACCUCCUCCUGCCAUUCUUCUUCCACCGAGGAAACCUUCUCCACCACAAACCCAUAUCCACCUUCUUGGUCCUGCUCCUCCUCCUCAAAUUAAUACACCACCAGCUCAAACACUCGCUUUGGUUCCGCUCCCAAAAGCUAAAAGAAAAAUGAAUUUUCCCAAUCAUCUUCAUCAACAUCCCCAUCCUCACCAUCACCACAAUCACAAUCAUCGACACCGCUCUUCUUCUUCCUCCCCUUCUCCGGAUCUCAUUCGCGAUGUUUUACAUCGCUAUUUGCAAAUAAAUUUGCCACCUGGAACAGCGAUUAGCAUAGCGAGAUUGAUGUCUAACAGUCGGAAUCCUAAUCCUAAUUGGAGCGUUCAAGCGAACGCUGGAACUAGUAGAAAUCGCUCGCGGAGUCGGUCACAAAGUAGGGGUCAAGGGAGAGGAAGAAGAGGCGGAAAUAACAACAACGGGAAUGGAGCAGGGAAUGGGAAUGCAAUUGGUAGUGGCAGAAAGGGAAACGGAGGAACUAGACAAGCAAUUAUGAGUUCGGACUCGAGUUCGGAUUCGAGUGAUGCACCAACGCAGAAGAGCAAAACUGCCUUGUUAGAAGAGAUUAGACGAGUCAAUAUGUGCACCCAGGUUGCAAAUGGUAUCAUCAGACCAUCUAUGCUCAACGCUGAGGUUCACCCUAAACUAGACGCUAAAGGGAAAUAUUUGAAAGAUUUUCAACAUCCUUUGAAAAUCAAGGACUUUUUAGCUAUGGAUACAAAAACCCUAGACGCCCUCCUCACUAGCUAUGAUGUCCCAGUAGGAACGAGUCACAGCUCUACUGAUACAACAAUGCUCGCCAUUUUCGUCUCUCAUCUCCAAAAGACUAAAUCCCAUGGAACCAGGAAUUCCCCCUGCGACUGCAGAGUCUGCGCGUCCAUUCGUGAAGAGCAAAAAGAGGAGAAGAGAAGAGUUCUUUUGAAUAUCUCUGUGUGGGUGCUCUGCACGGCUCCUGUUCAGGGUCAUGGUCAAGCACCAAACCAAGCACAAGCACAAGCACAAUCAGCUCGAGCAGGAGGCGCAUUAAUAGCCGCGAAUGCAGGAGGUGGAAGUAGACAUGGAGGAGGUGGUGGGAAUCAAGCCGCAAACGCAAACGCGAAUGCAAAUGCAGCAGGUUAUCUCAUUCUGCCGCAACCGGGUCAUGCGAUACAAGUGCAGAAUGUACAGGGAGCAGUGCCGAAUCGGUUGAAUAAUAAUAAUAUUGGGCUUGCGCAGCCGAGUCAGCAUGCGGGUCAUUCGCAUCAUCAGUCACAGCAUUUGAGUGGUGGGAAUGGGAAUGGUGGAAUAUUGAGAACGCAUACUUAA